GUUGCGAUGACGCGGUGGUCAGGUGUCUGCUCUUAUAUGCAGAGGAGCUGUCCAAGCGCUGCACACACAAAACAACAGGCACAUAAAGCUGCAAGAGGACAUGCCCAACACCUCCGCUGUUGUCUGAGCGUUUUCCUCAAAGGUGAUCAAUUGCCUAUAACAUGCUGCAUUUCCACCAUAAGUUGCCCACGGGGGCAGCCGUGGUCCUGCUCGCCGUUCUCCUCCACGGAUGUGCGAUACAAGCCGCGUCUCUCCCCCGUCACUACCGUCUCCGAGGCAACGCUGGUGAAGGGCAGCCAGCCGGUUCUGACUUGCUCAAAGCUCUGGAGUACAUAGAGAACCUGAAGCAGCGUAACGGCGGUCGCCCAGGACCCCCGGCCGCCAACUACGACGAAGUGGACAAGUACAGGGUGCUGCUUCAGCUCGCGUCCCAGCAGCAGCAACAGGAUGAGGCCCCCGCGGAACGUCAGGACAUCACAGCGGAGCAGCUGAUGAGAACCCUGCUCAAGUCCCUCCAGGAUCAGGCAAAGUUCAGCCCAGCCUCAACGCCCCGGAAUGACCGCCGCCUUCACAGACACCGCACCAAAGACACAGAAACUGAGCAGAGCUCACCGGUGGAUUACACUAACUAUCCCAGAGCCCACAAGAAAUACCCGUUGAUGUUUGAGGAUGAGGAGAACACGGACGCUUCCAAGCGGACUACGGAGGAUCUGGACCAGAAGUACACCCCUCAGAGUCUUGCCAACCUUCGCUCCAUCUUUGAGGAACUUGAAAGGAUGCCCAUGUCUGUAGGACAGAAGAGAGACAUCUUUGGGGAAGAGGCCGAGGACACCGAUGAGGAGGGACACCCGAGAGAGGAGUGGGUUCCCGUGGAGGAACAAGAAGAGACCGAGGAGAUGGUGAACGGGAGCCACGAGGAAGCAGACAGGGCCCUUGGGGAUGAGGAGGAUGAAGAUGGCGAAGAAGUGCAGCGACGCUCGAGUCAGGACCAGGAGGACGCUGACGAUGACACCAAGCUGGUCGAUUACUACCUCCUUAAAGUUCUGGAGAUGACCGAUCAGACGCAGAACAGGGACCAGACCGGGGAGCAAAGAAAAAGACUCAUCCGUCCUUCCAUUGUUGAUCCUCGUACCGUGAAAGAGUUGCUGGAGCUCUCGUUGAAGCUCCACGUCCCCCCGCAGGACCUCAUCGACAUGCUGCUUACGGAGGAGCUCCGGAAGCUCCACCGCAACCCUCCGCCUCAGUCUCGCUAUACAACCGGACAAACCCCAAAAGUCCGCUACUUCAGCCGCAGACUGCCCCUCAAGAGCAAGACCGCCGCCGCUCCUGAGGACAUGGACCGAGAGGACUUUUUAGACAUCAUCGGAGUGGAGACCAUCAGCAACGAGUAUCCCGUGAUACCCAGACCAGUCAAGUCAUCCUCAGAUCGAAUCCCGGCGAUGCCCAACCCUGAUACGAAUGCAGAAUCGGUCAAAAUCCCAUCUCCGGCCGGCCAUAGGGAGAAUAUGUUCUUGUCCGAGCUCAACAAGAUGCCGCUGCGACGUCAGGCGGAUGACGACGAUACAGAUGACGGCGAUGUGGAGGACGAGGUGACCACCUAUCUGGCGGCCAAAAUUCUCACGGAGUACCCGCCCAACGGGAUUGCUAAGCGGGACACCCAGGCACAAACCAAGGGCCGCUUCCCCUACGAGCUGUACGAGAGAGCCGUGAAAGACUACUUGAGCCAGGUGGACUCUGGGAGCAGACCUGUGGCCAAGAGGGAGGCCGAAGAGGAGAAGCCCACAGAGGUGCAAAGCGAAGAGGAGGGGAUGACGGCCAAAACCUCUGCUCCGGCACCGGGCACCACAUCGGGGGGAGAAGGUGGAGAGGGGUUCCGUGACAAGGCUGUGGCUGGAAUGUAAACGUUAUGAUUAUAGUAUUUCAACUUUCUCUGUAUGGUGGAUGUGAUCUCGUUUACAAAUUAUAUUGUAUAAAUCAUAGCAGAUAUCACCCUAAUAAAAGGAAAGAUAUACAGAAAAUAUAUAUACAGUCCCUAUUUGCUGCAAGGUCAUUAUAGAAAAACAGUGAUGUCAAAGGAGAGGAGACCAAGAAAUUAUUCAAAACAGGGUUUGCACCUUCCAUUAGUCCAAAAUGAGUACAGGUAGUUCCCAGGUUACGACGUACUCAACUUAUGUGUUUACGACGCCGAAGUCUCAGCCGCUGUUUUGUCUCCAGUCGUUUUUUAGUUGCGAAAACAGUACCUUCUUGUACCACACUCUUAUUUUUAACUUUAUGAAUACUUGUUCUGUCCUCACUAAACAUGAAGUUGUUCAGCUUUACAGACAGCAAACAAGGCAAUUGUGGUUUUUGAAUUUUUUACUUCAUUCAUGUUUGACAAUUUGUAAAGCUGUAACACACAUGUGCAGUUUUGUUCAAAACGACAAGCAUUUUAACAACACUUGACACAAAACAAUUGGUGUUCAAACAUCCAUCUAGUCUAGUUAAUAUGUGAAUUUAGUAGAUUAAAUUAGCCUAAUUUGCCUAACAAAAAAUGCUAUGAAUGCUAUCCUAUUUACAAUUCUCAUAGCCAAUCACUCACAUAUACCUCCACAAACUGUAGCUCUAAACUUAAUUACAAAUUCAUACACAAACAUAUGUAUAUUAGCUGAAACGACUUACAACCUUAUGUUGUCCUUUAUCCAUGUCAUACAAAGUGACAGUCCAACACUGCCACCAGAAAGCAGUGUAUCCUCCAUCAUUAAACAAAAUUUCUGGACUUUUUGGAUAGUUAUUGAGAUGUAGGGGUACUUAAAGGGUUCAGACUUAAACAGAAAUUUGUGUUACAUCGCCAGUGUAGGAACGGAACUCAUUCGUAACCUGGGGACUACCUGUAUAGACAAAACUUAACUAUUACAUUUUGUGAGAUGGUUCAAUUUUUAAAUUGCUGGUGUUUGUAGAAACAGACUAUUUACAAGGAAUUGACAUCGGUUAAAUGUAUAUGUGAAUAUAGCUGUAAAUGAUGCCAGGCUCAAAUUUGAUCAAAAUCUGAGAAUAUGAUCGUGGUUAUUUUCAAUUAGAGCUAACAGGAACGAGUGCUGCCGUGGCUCUGCAUAUAUUCAGGGUUCGUGAAGUUGUUGUAAUUAUGAUUAUGGGUAAUUAUUUACCAGUCUAAAUAUCAGCCUGCCUUCCAAUCGCUUUCAUACUGCAAAGCUUUGCAUUGUUGGCCUAUCAGUGAUUGUGCUAUGUAUGCUCAUUUUUAAACCAUUUUGUACAUGCUCUAUAAUGUGUGAUGAAGCACAGAUGAAUAAAGCAUCAGCUGUAUUAUUU